CACGCAGUGGGACGUUUCCUCUCAGCACUGGGAAUGUAUAAAGUACACUCUGGUCUUUUAUGCUUUUACAGAAGUGUUUAUUUUGCCCGCUGCAGCUCUCACACGGUGGACUUUUUGUGUUUUGGUUUGGAAAUUUAAAAUAGGAGUACGGGUCGUGUCAGAGAUGAAGAUGCAUCAAACGAACUGAGAGGCUUGUCAGUCCUUCGGGACAUUUAAGGUCGUCCAGCUGUGUUUUUUGUUUGUUUGUUUGUUUUGCUUUUUGGGGGACAUAACGGGUGGAUUACAUUUAAACCAGUAAACACAGUUUUUGGACUAAAAGUAACGCACAUCUCUGAGGCGCAGCGCCCUCUCUCCAAUGAAAUAUCUCCCUUCCGGAUCAGCUGCGGAUCGAGUAAGUAAAAAGAUAGAGCUCAGCGAGACCAGCCACAGUAAGAAGUCCCGUCCCGGUGCUGUGGUCUCUCUGUUGACCCCUCUGGACCCACUUCGGCAGGCAAAGCGGCUUCCUAUCCGAGUUAUCAAGAUGUUGGCUGCGCACACUGGACACUUGCUACACCCGGAAUAUUUACAGCCUUUGACGCCCGCACCAGUCAGCAUAGAGCUGGAUGCCAAGAAGAGUCCACUGGCCCUGCUGGCGCAGACCUGCUCUCAGAUUGGUAAACCAGACCCUCCGUCCUCCUCCAAGCUGGGCUCCUCCUGCAGCCAAGGGGAUAAGGAGCCCAGCAGUCGGUCUUCCAUCUCCAGCCUGAAGCUCGGGGAGCGCCGCCCCUCCCUGGAGGAUAAAUGUAGCUUCAAGCCCUACAACAAAGGCAGUGGAGACGGUCGCAGAGACGGAGUUACCAGCAGCAGCUCCAGCAGCAGCAGCAGCAGCAACAACAGCGAUAAAGUAGGGUUCAGGGUACCCAGCAAUAAUGUUACCACUAACGGAAAUUCAGCCCAGCAGUCCUAUCCGCCGCACGCUGCUUCACCCAGCUCUAGAGCCAGCAGCAGCACCCCACCAGGACACACUCAGCAGCAGCAGCUGCCUCACAAACAGAGCCACUCUCCUGGUGGACAGCCCACAUCACACUCCCAGACUCCAAGUGGAGAAACUGUACGUGAGCAGGGCAGUCCUACCAGCAAUAACAGUCAUCCCAAAAAAGAUGCCGAUGUAAGCAAGACCAUCUCGGACAGUCCACACGAUGCAAACUCCAGCCACGUCCGAGCCAGCGCAAACUGCAGUAACGGCAGCUCUGACGGCGGUUCCAACCAUGAGGGCGGUAAAGCGGAGUCUGCCCAGCCUAACCUCGGCCCUGGACGCAUUACACCAAUCUCUCCUUACAAGACAAGCCAACCACUCUUCCCCAUGCCCUCCUCUAAUAUGGGCUACCACGGAUCUGUGGUGGGGGCCUAUGCAGGCUACCCGUCUCAGUUUGUUCCCGGGCUAGAUCCGACAAAGUCGAGCCUCGGCGUGGGAAGCUUGGGAGUUCCAGGAAAGCACCCGAGUUCCAGCCCCCUCACAGGCGCCUCCCCGCCUUCCUUCAUGCAGGGUUUAUGCAGGGACCCCUACUGUCUAAGCUAUCCAAGUGUAUCCCAUCUUGGCGGAAGCAACUGCAACUCCUGCAUCCAUGACCCUUCCUCCAGCCUCAAAUCAAACUUCCCAUUGGUGUACCCCUCCCACCCGCUCCACUCCCUCCACCAAAGCUCUCUAUCGUCCAGCGUGUCCUCCUCCCUCUCACAUCCCCUCUACACGUACGGCUUUAUGCUCCCUAACGACCCCCUGCCUCACGCCUGUAACUGGGUCUCAGCCGGGGGGCCGUGCGACAAACGUUUCGCCACGUCAGACGAACUCCUGGCUCACCUCCGCACGCACACAGCCCUGCCUGUGGGAAUGGACAGUAAGCUGCUCUCUGUUUCCUCCUCUGGACCUGCCCCCUGCCACCUUCACCUCCCCCACCAGAGCAGUCCAGGCUCCAUGCCCAGCUCCCUCUCCCUCAGGGCUCCACCCAGCCUGGGUUUAGCUCGCUAUCACCCCUACAGUAAGGUCCACCUGCCCCCUGGACCCUCCUCCAUCUCCCUGCACUCUCUGCCCAACACAGGCCCGUACUACCCUCAUUACGCUCUCUACAGUCAAAGACUCGGAUCUGCAUCCGCGCUGGGCUACCAGUGAUACACCAUCUACUAACAUGUUCAAAGAAAUGGUUAGACAUUUUGGGAAAUAAGCUUAUUUGCUUUAUGGUGGAGAGUUAAAUAAGAAGGCUGAUACCACAUUCAUAUCUUUCUCUCCAAUAGGACAGCCAGGAGCUGGCAACUUAGCUUAGCACAAACACUGGAAACAGAGGGAAACAACUAGCCUGGCUCUGUAGACCCCUCACUAAUUAAUUAUGUUUUAUCUUUUUUGUUUAAUACAUAUAAAAAACAAAGUGUAAUCUUGUUAUCAUUGCUAGCUGUCUCCCCUUGUUUCAAUUUUUGUGCUAAGUUAAGCUAAGCUAGGCUGCUGCUGCAGGUAGCCUUAUAUUUAAUGGACAGAUACAAUACUGGAAUUAUUCUUCUCAUCUAACUCUUCACCUGGAAGCCAAUAAGUGUAUUUUCUUUUUAAGCUUGUACCUCUGACUUAAAGACUGGAUUCAAGUGGAACUAGGAUGGGAGUGCAAGUCCUGGAUUUUGGCUUGAGUGCAUCUUUCACACUUACUUUAUACAUUAUAUAUGAGAUCUGGUGUUUUCUAAUCAGGCUCCACUCCUUAACAUCAGGACACAUGUGGCUCUUGCAUGUCUGCACAUUGCUGGGAUACUUUUGCAACAGAAAUGACUGCCCUUAGGUGACUUUUGCCGCCCUGCGGGCUUGGCAAAUUGAUGGUUUGGAUGCUGUGUAAUAGCACUUGAAUGUUCAGGGUUCUUGAAUGAUGAUGAUUUAGUGCAGAAAAAUGUAGUGUGGCAGGGGUGGCACUAAGCUGCAGCCGUGGACCGAUGUUAUGUCUGUCCACAGUCGCUUUCUCCCUGCAAGAGAUGCAUGUACGCUUGACAAAGCAUACACACAUAACUGUUUAUUCUGCCCAAUGGUUUGUGAUGAUUUGUUUUAGUUCCUAAUGUUUUGUUUAUUCCUACUGAGAAGUUGUAUUUAUUUUUUACUGGAGAAUCUGGCUUUUAUGUUUACCAUACAAAUCUAUUCUCAUUUUACAAUCCUCUGAGCAGACAUGUUGGAAGCCAGAUGACAGAUGUUGAAUUAUGUCGUGUGUCUUCUUCGAGAAUGAAUGUUGAUAUCACAUCUCUCUCUUUCUCUCUCUCUCUCUCUCUCUCUGAACUCCUCAGCUUUUUUGAUUUUUUAAAAACUUUCUCAGCAAAUCAAUAAAAAUGAGAUGUGAUAUUUUUUUGUAAAAUUUGUGGUACCCUGUGAUGGUAUCCAGUCCAAAGUGGAGGGGAGGGGGUCAUAUUUUGUUAAAUAAAUCACACUGAAAAUGUA